AUGUGGGCAUGCCUGGCCAAACUCCCCACAGCUAAAGGAGAGGAGGCCUUGAGGUCAGAGAAGACGCCUGGAGGGUGCAAGCCUGAUUCACCACAGCCUAACUCCCCACAGUCAGAGAAGACGCCUGGAGGGUCCAAGCCUGACUCACCACAGCCUAACUCCCCACAGUCAGAGAAGACGCCUGGAGGGUCCAAGCCUGACUCACCACAGCCUAACUCCCCACAGUCAGAGAAGACACCUGGAGGGUCCAAGCCUGACUCACCACAGCCUAACUCCCCACAGUCAGAGAAGACGCCUGGCGGGUCCAAGCCUGACUCACCACAGCCUAACUCCCCACAGUCAGAGAAGACGCCUGGAGGGUCCAAGCCUGACUCACCACAGCCUAACUCCCCACAGUCAGAGAAUACGCCUGGAGGGUUCAAGCCUGACUCGCUACAGCCAAAGCAGAGGAGGACUGGAGGGUCCAAGCCUGACUCACCACAGUCAGAGGAGAGGCGGCCUGGGGGGUACAAGCCUGACUCCCUACAGCCAGAGGAAAGGAGGCCAGGAGGGUUCAAGCCUAACUCCCCAAAGCCAGAGGAGAGGACACCUGGAAGGUGCAAGCCUAAAUCCCUACAGAUAUGGAGGCCUGGAGGGUCCAAUUCUAACUCCCCAAAGCCAGACGAGAGGAGGCCUGGAGGGACCAAGCCUGACACCCCACAGCCAGUGGAGAGGAGGCCUGGAGUGUGCAAGCCUGACUCCCCACAGACAGAGGAGAGGAAGCCUGGAGGGCCCAUCCCUAACCCCCCACAGCCAGAGGAGAGAAAGCCUGGAGGGCCCAUCCCUAACCCUGACUUCCCACAGCCAGAGGAGAAAAGACCUGGUGCAAUUCUGACUCUCUACUGCCAGAGAGGAGGUUUUGAGGGUCUAAGCCUGACUCCACACAGCCAGAGGAGAGGAGGCCUGGAGGACUCCCCCUUCUUACCCUCUGACUGGUGGUUGCAAACGGAGAAAGACCGCUUCCUCUUCUUCCAGACUCCCCCACACAGCCUCCCCCAUCUCCCCACACAGCCUCCCCCAUCUCCCUCACACAGCUUCCCCUAA